UCUGGGGGGCGGAGCUGUGGAUCCAGCCUGCGAGUCUGAGCAGCAGCGCUCACUCACUUCAUGGCUGGAAAGUCCGUCGGUCUGUGAGGAGAAAGCGUGGCUUCGCUCAGACCAACUCUACCGGCUAAACCGUCCAGGUUACAGCGCCUCGUUCAGGCACCGGCAGUUUAACAGGUUUCAUUUCCACACAUUAACUGGGGUCGGUGACUAACUGGAAGGUACAGUUCGCCGUGGGUGGUGUGCGGACACUUCUGUCCGUUUUCUCCAGCUCCGAGAGCGCUGACAGUUUGAAGACGGAGGGACGGAGCAGAUACUGAGCUCGGGACGGACAGAGCACAGCACAACAAAACUAAUUCGGCAGCAGCUCUUCAGCAUUUUUAUCCUCCUCAGACUGCUUGGGGCAGGAGAGCGUUUUAUUACAGCGGUGAACACUGUCGGUUGGCUUUCACGACGCUGGGACGUGGAAACAAGAAUAAAGCGAUAGUUUUUGGUCUGGAUAGCGAAAUGCUCGUGUGCGUGCAGUGAGCUGAGCUGGUCGAGGAGGGAUGCGCCGCCGCUCAUACGGGACUAUACAGUGAUAAAGCAACACUAAAUCAUUUGAAUCCAACAUUUUCCUCCUCCGCUCUCCUCAUCUUCUUCUGACUUCGCUGGUUGUGGCACUACAGACGCUGCUGGAGGUUUUGUCAUCUCUCACAGCGGGAGGGAGCGAUUUUAUGCGGCUGUCCAGUGAGAGAAGGCGCUUCGCACGUGGAGGUACUGAAUAAAAAGCCCGGGUUAAAAGGGCCACCGAUGUGAGUUUGGCUUGGCGUUUGUUUUGCCUGCUCGAGCCAGAGGUCCAGCCGUAGCCUAAGCGCCGUAAGCGGGACUGAGAGUGAGACUUUGAGCGAUGCCGCAGGUGGGAGUGCUGCUCUUUCUCGUCCUCCUCCUGUGGAUGUGCGUGCUGGGUCAGGAGCCUGCUUCCAAGGUGGUGGCGGAUCGCUAUGCCGUCUACUGGAACCGCACAAAUCCGAGAUUCUACAGAGGAGACUAUCACAUUGAUGUGUGUAUAAAUGAUUACCUGGAUGUCUACUGUCCUCACUACAUGGACUCAGUGCCAGAGGAGAGGACCGAGCGCUACAUGCUCUACAUGGUGAACUACGAUGGCUACAGCUCCUGUGACCACACGGCCACAGGCUUCAAGCGCUGGGAGUGUAACCGGCCUCACUCACCCAACGGACCUCUAAAGUUCUCCGAAAAGUUCCAGCUCUUCACGCCGUUCUCUCUGGGCUUUGAAUUCCGACCUGGCAGAGAAUACUACUAUAUAUCCUCUACAGUUGGUGAAAAUGGGAGAAGAACCUGCUUAAGGCUGAAAGUUUUUGUCAGACCAGCAAACAACUGUGUGAAGACUGUUAGCGUGCAUGACCGAGUAUUCGAUGUCAAUGACAGAGUGGAUAACUCGAUAGAGCCAAGAGAUGACACAAGCCAUGAAUCGGCCGAGCCAUCCCGAGGUGAUGUUAACUCUGCUGGGCGUGUACGCAUGGUUGGCACUCUGCUAGCUUCGGCCCUGCUUCUCUUGGUGUCACUCUUAUCAUUAUAGCGGCCCCUCUGAGUGCAGUAAUAUGUCCCAAUCUUAACAUGCUGGAGGACUCACAAAAGAGCACUUUUAAGUAGACAUCGGAGGUCCUCAUUAUCUCGGUUGAGAUUCAGAACAUGUUCCUCUAACAAGAAGAUGCCAAAAGUGUUCUGACUCGGUCAGUGAGAGGGAGAUUUUUUCAUUGCCCAGUGGCAUUACUGGGUGGAUCUUGGUGGAUUUCAAUUAAUAUGCCCUCGUCCCUCUACUAGCCUUCUAAUUGACAGAAAAGAACCAUGCACACACACUCGUAUACAUACACACACACCUUUUCUCUCUUGUGGCCCUACAGUCCACCCGUCUAAGGGCUUAUCUUGAGGAAAAGGGUUGAAAAGGAAAAAAGGAAAUGACUUUUUGCUGAGAUUUCUAUGGCACCAACUGACUACGAUGGACAAUGUGAAACAGUCUUAUGACGGAGCGAUGGAGGACUCACGCCAACUAGCGUGAGACCAUUGUGUCGAGGAGAUCUAGGCACUGGAAAUGUAUACACUUUUAGGACUGUAGGACUGCAGACUCAGUUGUUCACAGGAUGGAAUGGGAGCCGGUGGUUCGAGAGUGAAUCUUCUAUCAAAAAAACAAACAAAAAAAUAAACCCAGAAUGGAUCAUUUUUGAUGGGACAAGUCGCUGAGGACACUUUCUCAGAGGAAUGGUAGUUUUGCAAGCAUUUCUUAGAUAAAGAAAUAAGCACUCAUUUUGUACAUUGUGUACAGUUAUGGGAAUAAGAAGUGGAUGCUGUAUUCUUGAAGUGAAUUGCUCAACUCAAGUGUAGUAGCUAUAUUGGUUUAUUGCUUUGGAGCCUCACUGAUCAAUUGUUUAAGUGAAUAUACUAAUUUGUUUGGCAAAGCAUUUUUCCCCCCUCCCUAUUUAUUGCUCAGUCCUUGUGCUCCGCACACUGCCUCACACUUUAGCCAAUAGCCAGGAUUAAGGAGGAGGUGAACAAGAAUGCCUAGCCUCAGCACUAAUUCAUCAUAAUUGUAAUCCAUGCAUUUAAUCUGGGACAGAUUAAGACACCUCUACAGAUGUUUAACCUGAUAUCAGGGAAAGAACAAACAGAAUGUUGCCAUGCCAUACUGUCUGUCUGUGGUCAUUUCAAAACAAAGUAAAUGAAUUUGUUUGAUUGUUUAAAUGGGGUCUACGCUUAGGCAAGCAACACAUUUAUUGAUUUAUUGAAAUUCUGUUCUCUCAUCCAAGAGUAUCAUUUUAAUUUGUGCUGAUGAAAUCACACACAUUGCCAAUUGAACAAUAAAUUUAAAAAUACAGUGCAUAUCAAAAGGUUUUCAGGGAACUUUUUUAACGCAGUCAUUCAGGUUUUGUUCUAGACGUUCUCCCAUUUCUGCAAUUUCAUUGGCUUUUUGAAAGCUUGUGCUGAGCAGGCCAAACCUCAUCUGAUCAUUGCUCAAACAGUGGCAGAACGCUGACAGAGAGUUGCACCCAUCCGUGGUGGCAGCUGACGCCCUAACAUGAUUUAAUAGGCUCUUUGAUGUUGUCCAGAGUGUCAGGCAUGCGGGCCACAUACUGCGGCCUCAUGUGGGUCAUUUCUGGAAUUAAAAAUCGACUGCCGCGUGAGAGCAACUCGGUGUCCGGUUCAGCUGCAGGCUAGCAUUACUCUCAUGAACUUGGGCGAGAGGAGGGGAAAGACGAGAGCUCCUGCUACGAUCAAUAGUAAUGGGCUUCACACGUAGGUAAAAAAACAAGAUAAAUAUUUGCCUCAGCUGCUGGUACAGUUGUCCUGCACUGGCACAGUUUACGAUAGACUAGACGUAACAGGUCUCUUGCAGAUCUCUGUCUUUCCUCUGGAGUAGAUUGGGCUACACUGUAGAUUGAGAUUGAUUGGUUCGGGAUUAAUGUGGCAUGCUGCUAUAGCGUAAAACUACUACCAUCACUUUUCAAAAAGUUAACACAAGAGCAUAUGGAUCCUAAUUUUAUGGAUACUGUGUAUCCGUAGGUUGUCUAUGUGAUAUUCAGUGUUAGAGCAGUUACAUUUUGUACCUAUGCUUAGGGGAAAAAAAACAAAAAAUUAAGACGUUUAACAAGAAAGAUGUUUAAUAUCAAUGUUCAUUGUCCAUUUCUUUUGUACUUGACACUAAUGUCCCUGUUAUUAUGCUGAUUUCACUUGUGCAUGGUCCAUUCAUUCUGAAUAGUAUGUUCUGACAUUUUACCAUCUGCCUUAUCUAGCACAGGCACCCAAACCAGGAGCUGCUAUUGUUUGUGGAAGGUGUGUCCCUAUACCAGAGUCACUUCUCUGCAAAAAUAGCCAACCUAAGAGUCUGGAUGAAACAUUCCAGCCCUACAUAAGAAGAUUUUCCACCUGUUAUGUUUGGGAAAACAUCUGAAAUGACCUUGCAUCCAGAGACAAACCCUGGUGCUCAUUUAUAAUAUGAACCUAUCUUGUAAUAUGGCCUGAUUCAGGAAACACUGUUUGUGUAAACCAUUUUUUUCACUGUUGACUGUGCCUCGAAGCAUUGUCAGUUAAUUUCUGUAUGCUGUGUUGCAAGGUGGCACCUGAAAUCUCUUCUGUCAUAUGCCACUGGAAAUGCUUGUUGAGGAAAGGAAUGACCGUGAUGUGCUAUUCUUGUCUUUUUCUUGAGUCUAGCAUGAAUCAUUGUGCCUCUGUAUUUUUAAGAUCAUUUUUCUCUCUCCUGGACCAUUUCUCCUUUGCACCGAGUCAUUACAUUAUCUAGUUCUUCAAGCAACUGUUUUAGCCACUAGACAUGGAGCAUCAUCCGCCUCUGCAGUUGAACUUUGCUUGGUCAUGGGCCCCUGUGUUGGUCACUGUCUUUCGAGUGGUGCUCCAGCCUCCCUGAUGGUGCCGCAUUAUGUUAGACACAUAUUUUAUAUCUUCAAAUGCCAUUGUUUGUAAAUACACCUGUCAGAGCAGCUACAACUAAUUACAAGAAAAAAAAGUGAAAUAAAUCUUUGUCAUUGUUGUAAA